AUGUUGGCGCCUGGUGGGAGAAUGCCAUCGCAGCCUUUUUGGCUCGAUACAGUCCAGCCAGCUGGCUUAUCAGAACUGUUCUGAGUGAAGCAGAUGAUUUUGAAACGGCUUUCUAUAUGCUCGCCAAGAUACCUAUUAUAGCAGAUGUUUAUUAUAUCAUCGGUGGGACAACACCCAGACAAGGGGCCGUGAUUACCAGGAAAAGAAGAGGCCCGGUCGAUGUUUGGCCUUUGGAUCCUUUAAAUGGGGGAACUCCAGCUAUUAAAGCACUAAACAAGACAGGACAGGAACAUAUCAAUCUUAAUUCCCUCUUUCAGGUAUUAUCGACAAAACCAGUAUUAAACAA